CGCAUGUCCAACCGUAAGAGGAAGAAAUAAUUACAUACGGAAAUAUAUAUGUAUGUGUGCAUAUUUCAAUAAACAUUAAGUCCAGUUGAUGCUAUAAUGUUAGCAUAGAGAAUUUAAAAUGCGUUACUAUUGGACUUUUCGGGUGAUUGUAUAUAUUUUACUUUCGCGAGGAACGUCCCCAAAAACUAUAUAUUUUGAUGAAAAAGUAUCAGUUUUAGAGUAUGCAAAUACAAGUAAUGAAUAUAUUGCGAACAUUAAUAAGCCACUCAAUAGAGGGCCUUAUUUUGAUACUUCCGCAACCAAAAAUGUCACAUCUCUCGUGGGGAAAACGGGACACCUGAACUGUCGAAUCAAGAAUCUGGGCAAUAAAACGGUAUCAUGGAUACGCCAUAGGGACUUACAUCUGUUAACUGUAGCAGAAAGCACAUAUACAUCGGACCAGCGAUUUACUUCCAUUUACAAUAAACAGACUGGAGACUGGUCUUUACAGAUAAUGUUUGCACAAAUCAGAGAUUCCGGAGUAUACGAAUGUCAGGUAUCAACCACACCUCCAGUUGGGUAUACCAUGAUAUUUUCAGUUGUAGAACCUAUUACUACCAUUCCUGGAGGUCCUGAACUGUAUAUUGACAUGGGAUCAACAGUGAAUUUAACGUGUGUCGUAAAGCAUUUACCCGAUCCACCCUAUACAGUGCAUUGGACCCACAAUAAUCAGGAUAUAAAUUAUGAUUCGCCACGAGGAGGAGUGUCAGUAAUAACUGAAAAAGGAGAUAUAACUACUUCAUAUCUCUUGAUUCAGCGAGCCAAGAUAUCUGAUUCGGGAAAAUAUUCUUGCUUACCAUCAAAUGCAAAUCCAAAGUCGGUCAAUGUUCACAUACUUAUCGGUGAUCAUCCUGCUGCCGUGCAAAGGGCCCAUAGUUUACUUCCCUAUAGUUGUAAAAUGCUAGUUUUAACCAUUUUUGCAUUCUUGAAACUUAGCAUUUAAGUAUAAACAUACGUAUAGUUUUGUAAAUAAUAAAUACCUUGUCACAUACAA